CGGAGACUGAGAGGAACCGCAAGAUGAUCUCUGACGUACAACUCGCCAUAUUCGCCAACAUGCUGGGGGUCUCCCUCUUCCUACUGGUGGUCCUGUAUCACUAUGUGUCUGUCAAUAACCCCAAGAAACUCGACUGAGCCCACUCUGCUCCCCAAUACUAUUUAACUCAUGUUGGACGAAGCUGCCGGCGAGGAAGAUGAUGAGUCUGUACAUUCCCUGUUGUGCGACAGUUGCUGUAGAUAAAGUUUUCUAAAUAAAAUGAUUCUGCUGA